CUCAAAUGACCCUGACAUAUCCUGAUGAUGGUGAUUAUCAUCAAGAACAUGUCAGUGCUCCCACUCCAACGUCAGUCGGUUACCCACUUCGACGAUCUGUAGUUUUCGUUAUCUACGUCUGAGGCGUCAGAGGUUGCGAGUACGUUCAGGACUAUUGUUGAGAGUCGGGCUGUGUGCGUAUCUGUUUGAUUCUGAAGAAGCUUAGGCUGAUUAAGAUGGCAAAGGUACAGAUAGAUGAAUUGGAACAGGAAGUGAUAGAUUGGGUCGAGAACAGUCUGAUUGAGGCCGAGAGACGGAAGUGCGUUCGCAAGGUUCACGAAGUACAGAAGUUGACUGCAGUAUCUAAAGGAGACAACUACACAAGCGACCUCUCCAGGCUCCGUAUCAAAGUGCAACAAUUUGACGGACGUGUGGAAGACCGCUGGGUCAUCUACAAAACCUUGCCUAAUACUAAACUCCGCCAAAAGUACAUGAAGCAGUCUGGCCUCUUCCGUACUGAGUUCAGGAUGUACCAAGACGUGUUACCGGAGCUGGAAAGAAUCAGGCGAGAAAAGGAAGUCGGAGAACCAUACUGGGGAGAAUCUUACGCCCUGAGUAACUAUGAAAGCCUCCUUUUAGAGGACUUAUCUGUGUUGGGCUACAAGAUGGGUCAAAGGAAAGAAGGACUGGACUUCAAGCAUUGUUCUCUUGUAAUGCGAGCUUUGGGAAAGUACCACGCUUUGUCUGUUAUCCACAGGGAAAGAGGAGACCUAAUCAUUUCAGACUUUAGCAAGAACUUUUUAGAAACCAACAUCGAAAUGAUGGAAAAAUUUUACCUGAUGUCCUUUGAAGAGCUUAUUCAAUCCAUUGAAACGAAAUGGGACGAGGAAUGGAAGGUAUACGGCAAAGCUUUAAGGAAAGUCACCGAAACCUUGAUACGAGAUCUGGUCAAAAACUUUGCAAUUGAACACGACAAGUUCAAUGUUCUCAACCAUGGUGACUGCUGGGUAAAUAAUGUACUGUUCAAAUACGAUUUCGAAAACAACCCCGUCUCCCUCAGGUUUAUAGACUUUCAGAUGUCAUAUUACAAUACCCCGGGUUAUGAUCUUCAAUAUUUUCUUAACACCAGCCCAAGCGCAGAAGUCCGACGAAGGAAGAAUGAGCUUUUACAGAUCUACUACGAUUCUCUCAUUACCAACCUCCGGUGCUUUGAAUAUGAGGGCGAACUUCCGAGCAUGGAGGAUAUUAAUCAAGGUCUUACGAAGGCCGCUUUGUAUGGUUUGGGCUCGGCUGUUUCUCUCCUCCCGCUAAUGUUGCUCCGAAAAGAGGAUGUUCCAGACAUGGAGGAAAUGCUGAAGAUGAGUGAAGAGAGCACGGAAAUACCCAAAGGCCUUGUGCCCACAGAUACGGAAGCGUACCGAAACAUCAUGAAGAUUGUUAUCAAAGAUUUCGAGGAGAGGGGAAUCCUCCAGCUGUAAAUUUAAUUUCUUGUUAUGAGAGCACACAGCGUGCUUGUUAUUUUCCAAAUGUUACCAUUAUUAUUGUUGUUGUAAAUUUUAACAUGCAGCAAACGGCCUUCUCCAUUUAUGAUAUAGAUGUUAUAGUACACAAUAAUGGAAAACCAAAAAGUAGAAAGUGUACGGAAGGCAGGCGCGUAUGCGUAAGGAACUGCAAAACACAAUAAACUUACAUUUAAUUUAAUAAAUAUACUUCAAUCAUUCCACGUAAGUUGUUACCAGGAAUAAAUUGCCCUUAGACGUUUUCCAUUUAUUCGUGUUUUUAACAACGUUUCCAUUCACAUUGGAUCAUUCUAAAGUGAUCAAACAAGUAUCCAUAUUUCGUAAAUCGUAAGUCUCUGACUACCAGUCCAACAAUAGAAAAAGAUCUUUUCAUUAAAAUUUUAUAUGCAUUUAAUGAAAUGCUUGUCAUAUCAUAAAUAUGAUGGCAGGCAGUCCAUCUAAUUCCAUUGCUUAGAUUAGAAAAGUAAUUUAUUCCUAGGAAACACUUUAUAUAUUACGUGAAAGUAUUCUUAAAAAAUAGUUCUUGGAUUCAACGAUAGUAUAGUUGGGAAAUCUUUUUAUCAUUAGGGGCCACAGUAAGGCUGUUGUAUUGGAUGCCGCAACAUUUUAUAAAUAUUUUACUGUUUUUAUAUUUAUUUAUCACUAAAUAUACUCCACCCGUAUGAAUAUAUAUUCAACUUAAUUCCAUUAGUUUUCGAAAUUUCUUAACCUAAAUUAUUAAAUAUUAAUUAAUUCCAUCUCUAGAUAAAUAAAUAAAAAUCGUACAAAAACAUUUGGAGGACGCAUGCGACCUCCAGGCUCGCAUCUUGCUCACAGAUGCCGCAGGUUCCCCACCUACCUUUCUGGUAUAUCCUUAAGUAAGUGCCAGUACAACCAAAUUUAGUUUAUAGUAUACUGUAAAUAUUUGGCUCUAACUAAAAAACUUGUAUACACCAAAUGUAAUCAUAACAUAAGUAUAUAAUCCUUUUAUUUUUAUUGAUAAGAACCAUCAUUUUUAUAAUUGAAUAGUUGAGUAGAAUAUCUCGUUAUCUAUCAAAUAAUUGAAUCAGAAAAAUUACAGAAUAAUUUCAUGUUGUUUUUUUCUAUUUUAGCUGGAUCAAAUAAUUUUCAACUUCAGUAAACCAACAUAAUUAAAAUUUUAGAAAAACUGAACAUGAUUCUAUACAUAUUUAAUGUAUUUUUUCGAAAAAUUAUUUUAUCUUGAUUAAACUAAGUAUUCAUCCCCAUUUUUACUAAAAAUGAAAGAUAAUUUAUUUUUCAAUUAUUGUAAUAAUUUACCACUUAAGUGCAAUGUACAAAAUAACUUUAUAUUUAAGCCUUCAUUUUAAUCAGUAGUUAAUUCUAUUGUUAUUACUAGACUAGAAUUAAAAUGAAAUCUAACAUAUUUAUUUAUAUUCAUGUAUUCCGAUCAUAUAAAUAAUAUGAAAACUGUACAGUAUAAAAUAGAUAUAUACCACUAUUUAGUACGUAUGUAUUACAUAGUUCAAUAAAAACUCUAUUCUUAAUAUUUAUUCGUUGUUAAAAAGAGUUUCAAAGCAUAAUGUCAUAAUAUUUAUCUAUGAGUGGUAUGUUUAUAUAUUAUUGCUUUCUUAUUAUAAAAUUUGCUCUUGCAUUAAAAUGUUGUGAUUUUGUUGACUUACAUUUUGUAAUUAAUCUGUAAUUGUAUGCUCCCAUCCUUUUUUACAGUUAACUUAAAUUUUAUUAACAGUAUAUUCAAGUUUCAUUAGAAAUUUCAUAACUUUUAUAUUUCCAGAAACUAAUCUUUUUUUUUUAAUUUUGUAAUCAAUAGUAAGUUUAUAUAUUUAAAUUUAUUUUUGAACUUAAUUAGUUAUUUCAUAGAACAAUUUUUAUAAAUCAUUAAAAUUGUGUUGAUUCCUAAACGUGAUUUAAUAAUAAUAUAAUUUAUAUAACACAGUAUAAGUAAUUCAGUUUUUGAGAAUGCCUGAAAAACUGUAAGCAAUCUUGUUAUUUUCAAAUGGUGGCCAUUCGUCAAUAUCAAUAAGGAUGAUGUAUUUAUUCAUAUCCAAUUUCAAGUGUAUAUCGUUACUAUUUAUGAAUAUGUGUUAUGUUAACGUUGUUACAUAAGUUUAGUUACCAGUGUUAAUGAAGUAAUUACUGUUAAUUUAUUUGUGAUCAUAAUAUAAUACUACACUAUAUACUAUACUCUAAUUUUUGUAGUUAGCAGGAGAAUGUUUUAUAGCUGUCUUAUACAUUAGAACAUUUUUAUUUGAAGAAUAAAGCGUUUUUAUCUCA